GAGGCGCCGCCAUCGCGGCGCACGGGGGCCCCAGCGGACACCUGCACCGACGACCCCGCAGUAGCCCAGCUCAUGCAGACCGCCCGUCGGGUGGAGGCCUGCGCCCCGUGCCCUGCCCCGCGCAGGGCGCGCGAACACGUCGCCGCUGGUUUCUGCCUGGUAUCGCUGUAUGCCGACGGAGGCCAGGACAACGCGGGGCCUCUUUCGCCUGGCCCCUGCCUUGCCGCCGCUGCGCGCGGUGGCGCAGCGAUCACUUGUCUUUGCGCGGGCGCCGACGUCGACAUUGACCGCUCGCCGAUUCUGCAGGGCGCCAUCCGCCUCGGCUGGACCAACGUAGCCUCAGGCUAUCCGGGCGAGCGCGAUCGCACUUUCGGCCAGCACAAAG